AUGACGGUGAAGGCCACUGUUCUACUGAUCUUGCUUUUGCUGAUGGAUAGGCUCCUUGAAGCAUACAAAGGAAUGCAUAUCUUCAAGCUACGAUUCGCGGAUUCGCGUUUCAUCAGCUUCCAGAUGUCGAUGCAAUCUACAAAGCUGCAGCCCAAGCCGCCCCUGCCGCCAGGCGCGGGGGAACGGCGCAGGGUCCGAUUCGCCGAUGAGAUCGACGCCGCCACGCGGCCAUCAGCAUCAUCAACAUCGCAAUCGCCGUCGCCGCUUCGGCCGCGGCUGCAGCUGCUAGACCUCUUGCGCUUGCUCGAUCUCCAGCAAGGGCCGCACGCCGAUGCUUUCAUUCAGGCGUUGGGACCUAGGCCCACAUGCAGCCUGCGGGCGACAUGCCGCGAGGCUCGCCAGCACCGUGAAGGUUUUCCAGGCGCCGUGGGUGCCGUACGCGCCACGUUGGCGUUAGAGCGCGACGGAGGGUUUUCAGUCCUGAAGACGCUUCGACGGGAGGAGGAGGAGGCGUACGAGUCGUGGUGCUGGUUGAUGCCACGACUGUGGUGGAGGCAGGUAUGGCCAGAGUACGGACAGGGACUGCUGCAGUAUCUACGGCGCUGCAGCUGCCGUACAAGCCGGCUGACAAUCCGGGCAGAAGGCGGCGGUGCCCAGGUGCUAAGGCCCUUCGCGUCAGCGGCUGCGGCCGCGAUCAGCGGCGGCGGUGGCGGCGGCGGCGGCGGCGGGCACGGGGCAGCGGCCGCAUCCUGUCCGCGUGUCUUUGAGCUAAAGCUGUACGGCACCAGCUACCCGCCAUCCCACAGGAAUGCUACUGCCAUUACUGGUGCCACUGCCGCUGUGAACGGGUUUUACGUGCCGCCUGACAUUCCGGCCAUUACGCCCGCAUAUGCCACCGCAAUCUGUGGCCUGUUUCCAAACCUGAGGGCGCUUAUCCUUCGGGGUAAAUGGGCCGUACAGUACGACGAGCCUGGCGCGCCUUGGGAGGAUCAAGGGGGCUUUGCCCUUGAUAGCAUUGGCGGCGGCGGCAGCGGUUCUUUGGAGCUUGCUCAGCAGAAGCAAGAAGGUGAUGCCUGGUUAGGCAACCUGUGCCAGCUGAAACACCUCCAACACUUAGAGCUGCCGGCGGUCUUCCUACCUGGAAACGUAAGCACUGACAUUUCCGUACUCGCGAGGCUUACUCGUCUAGAGCAUCUUCAUCUCACACUUCAACGAAGGGCUGAUAAGAACGCUAAUGAUGGCGGCGGUCCGUACUUCAGCCCGUACGGCUGUCUACGGGAGGGUCUGCCGAAGCUCGUCCAGCUCCGACGGCUGGUUCUGUACGGCGGCCCCAAGCGGCCCUCCCGGGAGCUUCUGGCCGCGUUGCCGGGUUCCCUGGAGCUGCUGAGGCUGGAGGGGGAGGGGGAGGAGCCGCCGCUGCCGCCAAGUUGGCAGCCCCUGGAGGAGAUGCUGGCGGCGCGUGCUGCAGCGGCGGCGGCGACGUCGACGGCGAUGGAGGUUUCUCCACUAGCGCCGUACCACAAGCCCACGAUCAUAAGCGUUACAUCGUGCGGGCCUUCCGUGGAGGCGGCGGCGCCAGCGGGGCCUGCAGCGACGAAGAUGACUGCAGGGCACGGACCCAUGGGUCGCUGCCAUGUGGCGGAGGUGAGGGUUCUUAGCCUGACUCUGGACAAUCCGGACCGAGGACCAGACGGCCUUGAGGCCUUGGUCGAGAUGCUGCGGUCGCCGCCGCCGCCGCCGCCGCCGCCGCCAUCGCUACCGGAAACUGCCCCAGCGCCACAGGUCGUGGCGGAUCAAUUGACUGCCCGCCGCACCGUGCUGCACCUGCCAAAUGUUCACAUAAAAGUAAAUGGCGGCGUGUUGGCGGAGGCGUUGCGGCGUCUGGCGAACACGGGAGCCGUACGGAUGCAGCUAUUGCAGCUGUACGAGAGUCCUGUCGCUACCAGCAGCGCCUCCAGCAGCGCCACUGGUGGCGGCGGCGCUCUUGCGACUGUGAUAUCAUUACUCAAGGGCUUGAGGGAGGACUGGCUGUCAAUGAUACUGCGCGGCGAGAUGCAAGAAGAUGAUGCCGUGCUGCCGAGGAAGCUGGGUGUACGGCUGUACGAGAUGGCGGGCGGGGGUUACACAGCCGCCAAAGCCAUCACUACUGCCAGUGUGAAGGCGCAGCUGCACGCCGUACUGGAGAACUGGCCAUACCUUGAUCAGGUUGUCGUACAUUGUACGACGCCGCUUGCGACGUCGGCGCGGCGGCUGCUUGCGGGACCGCCGGCGUCGCCCAGCGAAGCUUCGGUUGCUUCUUUCGGUACGGUGCAGUGCCGGCACAGCUGGAAGAACAUUCAGAAUGUUGCGGGAUCAAGGCGCAGCAAGGCUCCAGGAUUCAAGGUUCUGAUUGGAGUGAUGAUUGGGAUGAAGAGGAAAGAGCCUCCUAGCCGCUCCGCCGCGCUGCCGAAUAGGCCGCGUGGCUAG